AUGGCGACCAACACAGUGCAUCGCUGCGUCGACUGCGCGGCGCCUCUGGUGUUUGUCCACGAUUCCGCUCCGCCUGCGUGCUUGCUCCCCGCGGAAGUACUCGAGGAGGUGGCUGCGGGAGCUUCGCGCAGGAUUCGCGGCUCAUCCCCCCCGUCCACUCAGGCCGCGGGCCUGCAGGCAGGCGACGCUGCCGGCUCCACGCCCGACGUCCCCUCCUCUGCCGCUGCGUCUGGGGCAUCUGGAAGCGAUUUAUGUCGCACUACCUUUGGCCUGCAGUCAGUGCUGGAUGCAGAGGAGAUAGAGCACCCGCGUUUCACUCAAGGCGACGGCGCGCGCACGCGCCAGCCAAGCGGCACUCCGCACAUCCGCCUCUCCGACCUGGGGGAAGGGGGGCCCCUCGGGGCUGCCCUGCCGCCCGCAUGCGCUCCGGUCGCUGAGGCCGCGGGCUCGCCUUCACUGCAGGAUUCGUUCGUUCUUCUUUCGCCUCUGCCGGGAACUCAAGCUCCGUCCUCGGCGCUCCCCGAAGAGGAGGGUGCCGCUUCAUCGCCCGCGGCAUCUGGGAAGUUGCGUCCAUUGGAGGCGUCGCCAGGCUCCUCCUCCUCAUCGAGCUGGCCGGCGGGGUCGCUCAGUGAGCGGUCUGCGCCGUUGCCCCAGGACGCGCCUCGGCAGCAGUUUGUGGAGAGUCUCCUGGCGGGCGAAGGCUGGACGCAGCUCGUCCUCGAUGACGCUGCACUUUGCGCCAAGUGCCUCGCGGUGACAGUUGGUCAGCUCGAGCAGCAACUCGAGGAAGAGCGCGCCCUGCUGUGCCAGUACUCGCGCGCGCUCCGCAGACUGAAGAAGCACCGGCGCCAGGAGGCCGCGAGGCAGCGGAGAGACGGAGAGACAGCGAACAGAGCAGAGGGGGGAGACGGCGACGACGCGGCCCAGCGAGACGAAAUAAAGACUCCAAGGGGUGCGCCGCUGGGGGCGACGGAGACAGAGACGCAGAGCGGCGCGGAGCAGCCUGCGCAAGGCCCAUCUGCGAGCCGCGAAGGCGACUCGCUGAUGCCCUCUGGUACGGUCGCCAGCCGGAGCGCGCCCGACAGGAAUGGAGAGGCUGAACGCGCGGCGGCUGCGAACGAGGAGCUGUCGCACGCGCAGCUCGCUGCAGCUGUUAUGAAAGCUCACGAGGAGUUCGAAGAAGGAGAAGAAGCAGAGGAACAGCUUCUCGAGGAGAUUGCCACGCUCGAGCUCCUGCAGCUCCAGCUCUGGUUUCAGUCGUCCGCGCAACAGGAUCAGGUUGCUCAGCAAGAAGAGGCGACCGCAGCGAUGCUGCGCGAACGCGACUACGUGAGGAGUCAAGUGCGGAGGCUGAAGCAGCUGAACGUGAUGAACGACGCCUUCCACAUCUGGACAGACGGCGCGCUUCCAUCCAUCAACUCCUGCCGAGUCGGGCGGCUGGCGUCUCCCGCAGGUCCCAGCUGGACCGAAAUCAACACCGGCUGGGGUCACAUGUGUCUUCUUCUCGACGUCCUUUUUCGGAAAGUCUACGUCCACCCUACGCACUACCGGCUGCUGCCGCGCGGCCCUUAUUCCUGUUUAAUCAGGAGGAAAGACGACACAGUUUUGCCGCUGCAAGGGGGCACGAGUGAGACCGGUCUCAGCCGGUUCUUCUACAGCAAUCGGCGGUUUGACGCGGCCACUGCCGCCUUCUUAGAAUGCGUACAGGAGCUGUAUGAAGCUCUAGUGCAUUUCGCCCGUCAGCCGUGGCCUCCGUACGCAUCGCCCGACCUCCAGACGCCACUGGAGCCGCCUGAACUUCCGUUCGCCAUCGACGGCGACCGAGUCGGGGGCCUUUCGGUUCGGCUGCAGCUGAGUCAGGACGAACGGUGGAGCAAGGCAGUCAAGUAUCUGCUGAUCGACCUUAAGUGGCUCCUCGGAUAUGUCGAGAAAGUAUGCGUCGUCCUUCCCUCCGUCACCUAG